GUGGCAAUCACACGCUGAUUCUUCUCAACCAACCAUAAAGACAUUGGCACCCUUUAUCUAGUAUUUGGUGCUUGAGCUGGAAUAGUAGGCACUGCCCUAAGCCUUCUUAUUCGAGCAGAACUAAGUCAACCGGGCUCUCUUCUAGGAGAUGAUCAAAUUUAUAAUGUCAUCGUUACAGCCCACGCUUUUGUUAUAAUUUUCUUUAUAGUAAUACCAAUUAUAAUUGGUGGUUUUGGAAACUGACUGAUUCCUCUCAUAAUUGGAGCCCCCGAUAUAGCAUUUCCCCGAAUAAAUAAUAUAAGUUUUUGACUUUUACCUCCAUCUUUCCUACUUCUUCUAGCUUCAUCAGGAGUUGAAGCCGGCGCUGGAACUGGAUGAACCGUUUAUCCACCCCUAGCUGGAAAUUUAGCCCACGCGGGAGCAUCCGUUGAUUUAACAAUUUUUUCUCUUCAUUUAGCAGGUGUAUCAUCAAUUCUAGGAGCUAUUAAUUUUAUUACUACUAUUAUUAACAUAAAACCACCUGUAAUUUCACAAUACCAAACACCUUUAUUCGUAUGGGCUGUCCUUAUUACAGCAGUCCUACUCCUCCUCUCUCUACCAGUUCUAGCUGCUGGAAUUACUAUACUUCUAACAGAUCGUAACCUAAAUACUACCUUUUUUGACCCUGCUGGAGGGGGAGACCCAAUUCUCUAUCAACACCUAUUUUGAUUCUUUGGUCAUCCAGAAGUAUACAUUCUUAUUCUUCCCGGGUUUGGAAUAAUCUCCCACAUUGUAGCCUACUACUCAGGAAAAAAAGAACCUUUCGGUUAUAUGGGUAUGGUCUGAGCCAUAAUAGCUAUCGGUUUACUAGGUUUUAUUGUCUGAGCUCACCAUAUGUUUACUGUUGGAAUAGACGUAGACACACGUGCCUACUUUACAUCUGCUACAAUAAUUAUUGCCAUUCCUACAGGAGUAAAAGUAUUUAGCUGAUUAGCUACUCUUCACGGAGGAUCAAUUAAAUGAGAAACCCCCCUAUUAUGAGCCCUUGGCUUUAUUUUCCUGUUUACAGUUGGUGGUUUAACUGGAAUUGUUCUAGCUAAUUCCUCCCUAGAUAUUGUUUUACACGAUACUUAUUAUGUAGUAGCACACUUCCACUAUGUAUUAUCAAUGGGGGCUGUAUUUGCUAUCGUUGGUGCAUUUAUUCACUGAUUCCCCUUAUUUUCAGGCUAUACCCUUCACAACACUUGAACAAAAAUCCACUUCGGAGUUAUGUUUAUUGGAGUUAAUCUAACCUUCUUCCCUCAACAUUUCCUUGGUCUUGCCGGAAUACCCCGACGAUAUUCUGACUAUCCAGACGCCUAUACCCUAUGAAAUACAGUUUCCUCUAUUGGAUCAUUAAUUUCCCUCAUUGCCGUAAUUAUGUUCCUAUUUAUUAUUUGAGAAGCUUUUGCUGCCAAACGGGAAGUUGCAUCAGUUGAAUUAACCUCCACAAACGUGGAAUGACUACACGGCUGCCCACCCCCCUAUCACACCUUUGAAGAACCCGCAUUUGUUCAAAUUCAACAAACUAACUAA